CCUUCGGAUGCUGAGAUGUAAUGUUUUGUCUUUUAUCAGGAUGGCAGUACGUGUGGUUUUGUUUCUAGCACUUUUUACUGGGAAAUGCGUCGCUGAUUCCAAAGGGAAUCUUGCUCUUAAUGGCAUGGCAGUGCAGUCCUCCUUAGGCCACCCACAGGGAGAUGCUCAACAUGCAAUCGAUGGAAACAGAGACUCGGAUUACAAGAAGGAAUCGUGCACUCACACUAAAACUGAGUUUAAUCCAUGGUGGAGAGUUGACCUUGGAAAUGUCUACAGUGUAAGCAACGUUACCAUCACUAAUCGUGGAGACUGCUGCAAAGAGCGGCUUAGAGGAGCUCAGAUUCGUGUUGGUACCAAGCUGGACAACAACGGAAACAACAAUGAGCUGGUUGCAACUAUUCUCACUGCUCCCGAUGGCACAGAAACAUUUUCAUUUGAUUCUGUUAAUGGUCGAUAUGUCAACAUUUUUUUACCUGGUAAUGAUGAAAUCCUCACACUGUGUGAAGUCGAGGUGUUUGCAGUAAUGGACUCACCAUCGUACCUUUGUGGUGCAAGGAAUCUUGCUCUUGGAGCCAAAGCUGUUCAGUCUUCCACAUACCCUCAAGCAGUCGCUCAGAAUGCUGUCGAUGGAAACAGGAAUUCAAUUUUCAAUCUGGCGUCAUGCAGUGCGACUAAUGCGGACAGAGACCCCUGGUGGAGAGUUGACCUGGGGGUAGUCUACAAGGUAACCAGGGUCAGCAUCACUAAUCAUGGAGAUUGUUGCCCAGAGAGGAUAAAUGGAGCUCAGAUCCGUAUCGGCAACAGCCUGGAAAAUAAUGGCAACAAUAAUGAGCUGGCUGUGACUGUAGUGUCUAUCCCAUUUGGAGAGACAAAAACAUUUCAGUUCACGCCUAUUAAGGGGCGAUAUGUCAACAUUUAUAUUCCUGGGCGCAAUGAACAUCUCACACUGUGUGAGGUUGAGGUGUUUUCAGAUUAAGUGGAAUGAGAGGAUGUUACACCACAGUCCACUGAUCCUACAAGCAAAAUACCAAACUACAUUUUCUUUGAGCUAUUCUAAUAUGGCUCCUUUUUCGUUGUUUUCAUUUUACCUAUCCACCUUUUAUCCUUAAGAUAAAUUAUCAUUUUCAGUGUGUAUUCAGUAAAGGUUUGAAAUGGUUUUUAAAAUGCACCUGAUUCUUAACCCCAGUUUGAUCAAGGGCUUUGUGUAUUUAAUCAUCUUUGUUUCUUUCUCCUUUCUACGUCAAUAAAUUACUACAGCAUUGCA